AAAGAGCUGUAUUUUUGGGAGUACAUCCUCGCUACUUUGCCUGUUAUCGCGCUGAAUUUAGGAUCAUGUCCCAUUAUCAUCUUGAUGAAUGCGUUAGUUAUCAUCGCCAUAAAAGCAAGACGCCGAUUACAGUCCAUCUACAACAUACUACUGGCCUGUUUAGCGGGAGCAGAUCUGGCAGUCGGCUUAGUUUCACAACCAUUAUUCAUUGCUCAAGAAAUCUUCUUUCUCUCAGGUGCAUCGGUGGAGGAUUACUGCCACUUUUACAGGAAGACCGUAUUCCUUUGUCUUUUCCCAAGUAUUGAAUCGUUGCUGAUCUUAGCUUUACUAAGUAUGGAGCGCUAUAUAGCUAUGAAGUUCUCACUUAGAUAUGCUAGCCUCAUGACCACGCCUAGGUUAACUGGCACUGUACUCUGUAGUUGGAUUAUCUCAGUUUUUUCUGUAAUUUUAAGCUUAAUACCGGCAACACGUUUACUUGCCAAAGUGUUCGUUUAUGUAACUGUUAUCCCAGCCAUUUUAAUCAUUGCAUUCUGUCAUACGACAGUUUAUCUUGUUUCACGCCGGCAUAUAAAUCGGAUCAAAACAGAACAGCUUCCAAGCGAAGCGAAGACUAAAUUCUUACAAGAAAGGAAAGCCUUGAAAACUACUAGUAUAAUUAUCGCGUUCGUAUUUCUUUCGUAUGUGCCAUCACUUUUGUACGGUAUAUUAAAACGCGAUAUAUGGCAGACAAAUCUCUUGCCUUUAGUUUUGUCAUGUAUUUUCCUAAACUCGCUCCUUAAUCCUGUUAUUCACUAUUGGAGAAACAAAGAUCUGCGUCAAAGUAUGAUGGAACUGCUCAAAAUGAGACCAAAUGGAAACUAACUUUAAAGACGUCAUUGUAUGUUCAAGAGGAUUUUCAACUCCAUUACUUACCAUUCGGAAGGUUCGACGUACCUUUAUAUUUAUACAUUUAUGAGAUGCUUUUUGUAUUCAUUUCAGUGUAAAUUCACCAUAACAUAUAUGUUAAGAAUAUAACGUCGAGUCAGCACAUGAGAGUAUCAAUUUGAUUGUAAUCGGUAUGAGUGUGUCGUUGACAAUUAGCCACGAAACGCCAGCUAAGACUUUUAUUUGUCGCUUUCGCCGUUAUAGUCGUAGAAAAAGCUUAUGGUAAAGCAUAGACUGUUCACAGUCCUCUAUUUUUCCGUAAGAUCAUCGAGAUCGAGCGCUUUGCGUUACGGGCUGCCAUCUUGCAUGAGUGUCAAUUUAUCAGAUGAAAAUCAAGAUAGCCGUGACGGUUAGACGCGGUAUAUCUAAACGAUCUCACGAAAAAACAGGGGACUGUGAACAGUCUAGGUAAAGCAAAACAGAAAAGUCCUAGCCUUAUUUACAUUUAGAGAGUUUCUUGUCUCGAGGGCUGAUGCACCCAAAUCAAAUUCCAGCUCUUAUUUUAACAUUGAUACAAUCACCUUUUUUAAAAACUAUCUUUCAUCCUUAUUUGAUAAAGCUGAUUUAAUAUUUUCAUCAGAUUUUAUAAAAUUGCGAGUUCAUAAUGGAGGGUCAAAAAGACUUCUGGAUGGGUUAAUUGCUCAGUCAUUAUUUUAUAAAACACCGAGUUGGGUUUUUUAUUAGGCUAAGGGAAAAAAUGUCUUUGCCGUAACUUUAUCAGAUGAAAAGAAAUUUUUACUGUAUUUUGUGUGCUUUAAUACUACUUUUUCCACUGCACCAUGUAUUGCCACAUAUUGCCGUAGAUCAUCUGCGUCAUACCUACCAAUUCUUCAUCCUCUUUUGGUCAUACCAUUGGAGUAAUUAAAAUACAACUCGAUCGAAAACACAGAAGAGCUUCUAAGUGCUUAAACUGUUCAUGUUUAUUUGUAAAUGGCCCAAUCAGAGAUCCAGACAGGAUUAUGUACUUUGCUAAUAUUUGUUAAGUAUGGGAGAUUCGUAAGGCCUUUUUGCCGACGAUCAGUUAAAUUGACCAGAAGUAUUUUAAAGCUGUCAUUUUUAAUUAACAGGUAGCAACAUAAUCCGUGGAUUCUGCAGUGACUAUGGUUCGUUUCAAGAGUCACAUAGACGAAUGGAUGAAUUAUGGUGACCAAUUUUUAAGCCUCAGAAAGCCCUUUUUAAGUUUUCGUGCAUUAUUCGUUUUUCGCUUUUGAUAUAAGAACCCUGAAAGACUUAGCAAAAGAAUAUUGGUGUCCAUAACUUUCUUUUGAGAGGCAAUUUAUCACCGAGGCUUGGUCUGAACUAAUAAACGCUUUUGAAUUUAAGAGUACUAUGUUUUGAUCACUCGUUAAAUGCCGCCUUCCGCCUUUUAUGGGUACAGUGUGUAUUUGAAGAAACUGGCGUCCUUUUCCGUUAAUCUCUUGCAAUUAGUCUUCAACUUUCUUAGUUUAUUUAAAGACUGUUGUCCUUUGAAAUUCUAGAUUUGCAAAAAAGGAAAAUCACAACUAAUAAACGAUUUAUGUUAGCCUUAUCAAAUUUGAAAGUUUAGGCCGUUAAAAACACUCUUUGAGCAUGAUGUGUCGAUCUAUCCAUUGCUAGAUCAGCGUUAAGAGCCGAUUCACUCUGCUUGACCGCUGUCGACUUACAAGUUGAAAAAAUAUUAACUGCUUUAAGGUGACUCGACCCAGUUUUUUGGGGGCGGUACCAUCCUACUUUGAAACUCUCUUGUAUCCCCACCUUUACUUUUAUCGUAAGUCUAACACAUAAAAUGGAUAACAUAUAGAUCAAUCUACAAUAUAACAUAAAAUUUUUGGCGAUCGGAGUAAAUGUCACGUGGUUAUAAUGCCACGCCCCUUUGAGGUCUGAGUCGAAAAUCUGCUGUUGCCGGCAUUUUUUCGUGAAAACCUCUCGGCUGCACAAAGUGCGCAUUAGUGCCUUGUGCUGAACAGAGUUUCACCAAAAUCGCAAAGACCCAAUUCGAGAAAUUCAGCGGUUUCCAAAUUUAGGUCAUAAUUUAUGCGAAAAUGAUAAGCAAACUUUACACGGAUUAUAUCGAAUAAACUAUGAGAUUCAUUUCUGUAUUUUGGGCAUCGUUAUAACAGAUGGGUCCUUGCAAGUCCGCAAAACAAUUUAUGGCCUUGUAAAUGCGCGCGAUUUCGAGCAAAGCAAACAUACAGAAAUUAUAGUUUUCGCUUUUUGUUGACGUUUGUCAGCGUUUAAGAGUCAAUCUCACGAAAAAAGCAUUUUCUUAAAAAUUCGUAGUUUUCUUUCCUUCAAAUUUUUUCAGGGCCACAAUUGAUUAACUAACUACCCGGACUCUGAAUUUCAUGGUCAUUGAUUAAAACACGACUCUGUUCAGCGCAAGGCACUAAUACGCACUUUGUGUAGCCGAGAGAUUUUCACGAAAAAAUGCCGGCAACAGCAGAUUUUCGACUCAGACCGCGAAGGGGCGUGGCAUUAUAACCACGUGACAUUUUCUCCGAUCGCCAAAAAUUUUAUGUUAUAUUGUAGAUUGAUCUAUAUGUUAUCCAUUUUAUGUGUUAGACUUACGACAAAAGUAAAGGUGGGGAAACCAGAAAGCUUCAAAGUAGGAUGGUACCCCCCCCCCCAAAAAAAAAAAAAACUGGAUCGAGUCACCUUAAAGACGAUAAGAUUGUCUCAAGAAAAAGGAGACGAACGUCAAUAACUCUGCAUUUAAUGUAUCAAUUAUUUGCCGCAUGCAGGAGAGAAGAAGAGUAUAUUUAAUACGCUGAACAUUCUCGCUAGUCUCUUUUCCAUCACGCUGAACAUAGGAUCAUGCCCUAUUAUCAUCUUCAUGAACAUGUUGGUGACCAUCGCGAUUAAAACACGACGCAGAUUACACUGCGAAUACAACAUACUACUGGCUUGUUUAACGGGAACAGAUUUGGCGGUGGAUGUAGUUUCACAGCCAUUAUUAAUCGCAAGAGAAAUCUACUUUCUGUCGAGUACAUCGCAGUUGGAUGAGUGUUACUUCUUCAAACUGACAAGUUCGGUUUACCUCGUUCCAUGUCUUGAAUCUUUGCUGAUCUUAGCUAUAAUGAGUACUGAUCGUUAUAUAGCCAUGAAGUAUUCACUAAGAUAUGCUAGCAUCGUGACAAUACCUAGGUUAAUUUGGGCUGUGGUUUUUAGU